GUCGGUAGUGCGGUCCCUGGAAACACUUAAGAGACAGACUUGUUUCAAAACUUUUCCUCGCAUCUUAACCAUCGCAUCACGUCGACUUCCAUUGCGCAUUCCAACAAUCACCCUUCUUGAUCUUCCAUUGCACAUCUCCUACUCACCUCGACAUGGAAAUCUCAGACCACAGCUCGUCCAAGGGCAAGGCCAGCGACGCAGCUGCCAUCAAUGGCGGCGGCGGCUUCCGGCCGCAGGCAAACAUGGAAGUCCAGCCUCCCAAGCCCGAGGACUUGCAGAAGAGCUACGCGAGUGUCGUUGACGAGGUUCACAGCCCCGGCUGGUACGGUGGAAUGAUCGACUGUCUGGGCAACAUUAUCGGCGGGCUCGGUGCCAUUCCUCUGUGUAUCUGCUGCCCGAACCCGUACAAGCGCGUCAGCCAGGGCCACGUCGGCCUCGUCACCAAGUUCGGCCGCUUCUGGAAGGCCGUGGACCCGGGCCUCACCAAGAUCAACCCGCUGUCGGAGAACCUGGUGCAGGUGGACGUGCGGAUCCAGAUCGUCGAGGUGCCGCAGCAGAUCUGCAUGACCAAGGACAACGUGCAGCUGCAGCUGACGUCGGUCAUCUACUACCACAUCGUGUCGCCGCACAAGGCCGCCUUCGGCAUCACCAACGUGCGCCAGGCGCUGGUCGAGCGCACGCAGACCACGCUGCGCCACGUGGUCGGCGCGCGCGUGCUGCAGGACGUGAUCGAGCGCCGCGAGGAGAUCGCGCGCGCCACCGGCGAGAUCAUCGAGGAGGUGGCAGCCGGCUGGGGCGUGCAGGUCGAGAGCAUGCUGAUGAAGGACAUCAUCUUCAGCCAGGAGUUGCAGGAGUCGCUGUCCAUGGCCGCCCAGAGCAAGCGCAUCGGCGAGAGCAAGAUCAUCGCCGCCAAGGCCGAGGUCGAGGCCGCCAAGCUGAUGCGCCAGGCCGCCGACAUCCUCUCGUCCGCCCCGGCCAUGCAGAUCCGCUACCUCGAGGCGAUGCAGCAGAUGGCCAAGACCGCCAACAGCAAGGUCAUCUUCCUGCCCGCCGCCAACCAGACCAUGCCCGGCUCCGCCGCCUUCAACGCCGCCCUCGCCGACGCCUCCCACAAGGCCGCCGCCGGCGGCAGCGACCCGUUCGACGAGGCCGGCAGCGGCAGCGGCGGUGACCCCACGGGCUUUCAGCAGGCCAUGACCGCCCGCAUCAUUGAGAACAUCUAACCAGGUGUCUUCCUUGUUGUGGUGUCGGUGGGGGGAGGAGGAACUUCUGAGGUUUGAUACCAUGACUUUUAUUUAUGUUUCCCCUUCAACCUGGAAUGGCCAGGGUUGUGUGCAGUAAUGAAGUACCUCAUGGUUAAUGCUGGGGGAUGGGAAGGAAGGGAUGACCGGAACGGAACAGGCAUGGAGGAUACCCAGAUUGAGCAGCUUAUUUGAGGAUUAGGUUCGAAGCGCUGAGGCGCGGUAGUGGUGGGAGAGGGAGGACUCGAGGCGUGUUGUCUCGCUUGUUCGUUAGUUCAUUUGCUCCGCUGUUCAAUGAUACCACCUUCGUUUAUCUUCGACUUAAACAGAG